ACGUUGAGGCAACAACGAUAGCGAAAGGCACGCACGAAAGCGAGCGGUUCGCUGUGUUGUGUCAGUCAGUUAGGAUUUUCGGCUGUGGCUCCGUGACGGCGCCGAGUGCCGUGUGUUUGUGGAGUGCCAGUGGCUGUGCGAGUGCUUCGGAUUCGUGUUAAACCCGUGGAUUAUUGCUUCGAGCGCCGACUGGCGUCGCAGUCGACUCCAAGUGAUGUGACAAUAUGCUCUUGACAUCGGACGAAAAUGCGAUUCCCAAACAUGGCAAACCCGAGCAAGACGCCCUUCGAGCUUGACCGGAACUUCUCCAACGCUCUCAAAGUCCCGCCGGACAACAGGACCAACCAGGAUUUACAGCUCAUCCUAGUCCACCUGCGGAAGUUGGAGGUGCUUUCCGACAGUGCCAUCCACUCCAUUUGCAGGACUGUCCGACAUGAGAAGCACGAAGGCAACGACGUUCUCUACUACACCGGCGAGGUGGCCACCUGCUGGUAUGUGCUGCUCAGCGGGUCGGUCUACAUCGAUGGCUCCAUGUUCCUGCCCAGACGAAGCUUCGGAAAGAGGAAUGGCGCGAGCACAAGGCGGCCCAACGAGUGUUUCGUGCUGGAGCCCUCGGAUAUGCUGGUGAUUGACUAUCCGGACGCGGGGCAGCACUCCUCCAGAAGCAGAGCCAUGAACUACGAAGCGCUGGGACAGCUGCGUCCCGAGUUGUACGUCAAGUCGAACCGAAGUUCGCACUCGAGCGACACCAGCUCAGCCUACUCGGGCUCGGACACGAUGCACAGCGUCCAGAGCUCGAUCGACGCGGACGAGGUCGACCUCACGGGGCUGGUCGAGUCUGUCGUCGACUCGGACGAAGAUGACGACCUUGCCGAAAGCAUCGAUAGCCUUACUGUGCGGGACACAGUUCGUGAGUGCUUGGAGAAGGACCCGUCCGAGCGGACGGACACGGACGUGGAGACGCUGCUGGAGAUGACGCAGCACCUGAAGGCCUUCACCAACAUGACGCUGGCCGUACGCCGGGCGCUGUGUCAGGUGAUGGUUUUCGCCGUGGUCGAAAAGGCCGGCACCACCGUGAUGAACGAUGGCGAGGAGCUCGAUUCUUGGAGCGUCCUCAUCAACGGCCACGUCGAGGUCGAGAUGGCCAACGGUGACACGCAGCACCUGCACAUGGGCGACUGCUUUGGCAUUACACCCACCAUGGAAAAACUGUAUCACAGAGGUGUGAUGAAAACGAAAUGUGAUGACUGUCAAUUCGUAUGCAUCACUCAAGAGGCAUACUAUAGGAUCCAGCACCAGGGUGAAGAAAAUAUCAGGAGACAUGAAGAUAACGGCGAAUUAGUUUUAGUUACUGAACAGAGAGUUAUAGAUAGCGGUAGCAGACGAGGACACAUAGCGAUCAGGGGCACGCCAGCUCGGCUGAUGCAGCACCUGGUCGAGGAGAACUCGAUCAUCGACCCAACCUACGUGGAGGACUUCCUGCUGACGCACAGGACCUUCAUCGAGUCGUCGUUGGCGGUGGCGAACCAGCUGCUGCAGUGGUUCGAGAAGCCCGAGUCGCGCGACAAGGUGACCCGGGUGGUGCUGCUCUGGGUCAACAACCACUUCACCGACUUUGAGAUGGACCCGGCCAUGAUGGAGUUCCUCGAGAAGUUCGAGGAGAAGCUGGAGAGGGAGAAGAUGCAGGGCCAACUGCGUCUGCUCAACAUCGCGUGCGCCGCCAAGGCCAGGACGAGAAACAUCACCCUCGCCAGGCCUGAUAGAAAUGAAAUCCUCCAGUUUUCCAUUUUGGGCGGGUACGAACGCGGCUGUGGCAUCUUCAUUUCUAAGGUUGAUAAAAAGUCGAGGGCGGAGGAAGUAGGUCUGAAACGAGGCGACCAAAUCACGGAAGUGAACGGCCAAAGCUUUGACCACGUGACGCACGCGAGGGCGCUGGAAAUCCUACGCAGCUCGACCCACCUGAGCAUCACCGUCAGGUCGAACCUGCUCGCCCUGAAGGAGCUGUGCCAGAACAACGACGCGAUGGGCCCCAGGUCGCGGGCGAUGCACCGAUCGGAGCCGCCGGCGCCGCCGAUCGCAAAGCCGACGAACGCGUGCCGACUGUCGGUGGCGAUCGACGGCGACGCCACGCCGGUCAAGGAGAACGCCAAGAGUCACAAGGGCGGCUUCAUGACCAUGGGCACCAAGAAGCGGCUGCAGAAGGCCCUCAUGAACAUCCUUCCGCGCAGCAUCAACGAGACGGACAGCAGCUCCAUGGGACACAGCCUCAGCAAUCCGGACCUCGUCAGUCUAUGCUGGGCCGACGAAAGGGCCGAUUUCCCAGAACACGUGCUCAAGGUAUACAGGGCGGACCAACAGUGCAAGUACCUGCUGGUGCACAAGGAAACGACGGCGCAGGAGGUGGUGAUGCUGACGCUGCACGAGUUUGGCAACACGGAGCCCAGCUCCAACUUCAGCCUGUGCGAGGUGAGCGUGGCCGAAGGCGGCAUCAUCAAGCAGCGCCGGCUGCCGGACCAGCUGCAGAGCCUGGCGGAGCGAAUCGGCCUCAGCAGCCGCUACUACCUGAAGACCAACGGCACCACGGAGCCGCUCGUGCCCGACGAAAUGGCCAACGACCUCGUCCGGGAGAGCUCGGUCAGUUUCCUCCAACUCAAUGCCGUCGAGGUCGCCAUCCAACUCACCCUGCAGGACUUUAAUAUCUUCCGACAGAUUGAGAGCACUGAGUACAUAGAUGAUCUAUUCGAGCUGAAAUCUCGGUACGGCAUGCCGAUGCUGAACAAAUUCGGAGAACUGGUCAACAAGGAAAUGUUCUGGGUAGUCACUGAAGUGUGUUCCGAACACAAUCCUCUGAGACGGAUGCGGAUCGUGAAGCAGUUCAUCAAAGUUGCCAGACAAUGCAAAGAAUGCAAAAACUUCAAUUCCAUGUUUGCCAUCAUCUCGGGCCUGGGGCACCUGUCGGUGUCGCGUCUGCGAUCCACGUGGGAGCGUUUGCCUGGAAAGUACCAAAAACUCUUCUCCGAUUUGCAAGAUCUGAUGGACCCGUCGCGGAAUAUGUCCAAGUACAGGCAGCUCAUCAGCUCAGAGCAGUCUCAGCCCCCAGUGAUUCCAUUCUACCCAGUGGUGAAGAAAGAUCUGACCUUUAUCAAGCUGGGCAACGACUCUAAAGUCGAGGGCCUGGUCAACUUUGAGAAGCUGCGCAUGAUAGCCAAAGAGGUGCGCACUCUCGGCAGCAUGUGCUCCUCGCCCUACGACCUGCUCACAAUGCUCGAACUUGGCGGCCAACCCCCUUCCAGCGCCAUGAAGGCCAUGAACCAGAUGACGGCCGGAUCUCAGCAGCAGGCUGCUACAGUGAAGAGGAGAAAGAAGUCGACCGCAGCACCAAACCCGAAGAAGAUGUUCGAGGAGGCGCAGAUGGUGCGCCGGGUGAAAGCCUACCUGAACAACCUGCGGGUGAUCACGGACGAGGAGCGGCUGCAGCAUCUCUCGUUGGAGUGCGAGCCGCCAGCGUCGGCACCGUCUUCAGCGGCACCUAGAAAGAGACAUCCUUCACCGACGCUGUCCACCACUUCCACGACGUCCAGCACGUCGGCCACCAGGUUCGGAGCUGCGUCGCCACAGGCGGUGAGGAAAAUGCUAGCCCUAAGCGACUCGUCAAAAACGCGGCCGCACCAGCCGCCGCGGCUGCAGCCGCCGAGUCCGACCGGCUCCCGCAAGUCGGGCCACGAGCGGUCGCACUCGGACACGCCGGCGGCCGUCGACCUCAACGCUGAGAGCAGCAGCGUCACCAGUCUGAGCAGGUCCAACAAGGACUCUGGCCUCUCCAUGCGCGAAUCUCCCAUUUCACAACGCAGACAUUCCACAAUUGACCAGAAAGCGAUGGGGCCGCCUCAAAACCCACCGAACCGGCCGCAGAGGCCGCCAGAGUACAACGAGGCGACGCGGAGGAUGCGCACGCUGGGACUUAGCAGGGCACAUUCGCACGAGGGCGUCACCAACACCGACUUCUUCCAUUCCGACGACGAUGAUGACGACGGGGCGCAAGUGUCGGCCGUGUGAGCCCGCCCGCCCGCCAGCCCAGUCCAGCCGGUGCAGCCCGGAAUUCGCAUGCCAAAGAGGGUUUUCGUCCACAUUGCGACGCGCCCACCACAAUUAUUAAUGUUUAAAGAAACAAACGAGUUGGCGGAAUGUGCAGAGUGCGCUGGGUGACGCUUUCUCAGUGCGUGAGUGAGUGAAUGAAGAAGCUCGUGACAAAUCCAUCAGAAUUACUAUGCAUAAAUAUAUCUAUUUUGAACCACACAAGCAUAUAUGUCUGUCUAUAGGGAAUAAAUGUGUCAUCGUCAGAUUUUUAUUCGCUGCGACAUUUUAAGACCAAUGAGAAGGAAGAGGAAUUAUUUUUAUCUUGCGUGACACGGUCUCAGUCAAGUUGAAGCAGAAGUUUAUCUUGAUAUUUUAGUAAAUUAUUAAUUUUUUAUCACAUCUUUAUUGUUGUGUACAAAUCGUAUAUGGAAAAUGAAAGUUGGAAACAAUAAUUAAAGAAAAACUUAA